UGGGCAGCCUUGGCUGGUUCCGAGUGGAGCCAGGGACAACAGAAGAACUCGUCCUUACCCCAGAUGUUGGUGCCAAUGACAUGGCUAGAUUAAAAGGAACUGGCAGAAUGAAAAACGAAAGACAUACAGACCCAUCCUGCCAAAGAUGUCGACGUGGUUAUUUCACAUUUCGCACCGAUGCUCGAUCCGAGAAUGACCGGGGCGUUACGUAAGAGUGGCCCACCAUACAGGCCUAAUGCAACCUCGGCCUGUCGAAAUUGCAGAAAAGAAAUUCAACGCUGCCAAUCUCUAAUACGCGCUUUCCGUGGCGAAAACGUGCAGGGCGCAAUCCGGAAGGCAAACUCUUCCUCCCUUGCGUCGACCCCACCGGCUAGAAUAGGGUUUUUUCCCGCUACCUUAGUAUCGCCCCGGAUUCACGCUCGACGUGAUCCCUCAUUGUGACUCAUUGACUUGAAUAUGGAUAGAUCUGUACCUGGCAUGGCUUCUGGCAUUGAAACUGUCCCGGAAGAGAAGCGUAAAUCAGCGCAGCUGUCUUCCACGGGCGAUGACGACCAGAAAGUCGAGAUCGGGUCCUGCCGUCACGAUGCGUUCGGUGACGAGCAGCACGCGCAGGUCAAAUACAAAACCUUGAAGUGGUGGCAAUGCGGUAUGCUCAUGGUCGCUGAGACCGUUUCCCUCGGGGUUCUUGCUCUCCCCGCGGCAAUUGCAGGACUGGGUCUGGCUCCUGCGCUUGCGAUUCUGAUCGGUCUCGGUGGGCUAGCCACUUAUACUGGCUACGUGACGGGACAGUUCAAAUGGCGAUACCCACAUGUCUCCAGCGCUGCAGACGCAGGGGAGGUCUUAAUGGGCGGCUUCGGCCGGGAGCUGCUAUUUGGCAGUAACAUCUUGUAUUUGGUCUUUCUCAUGGCUAGCCAUGUGCUGACCUUUACGGUGGCUAUGAACACGAUCACCAAGCAUGCCACCUGCUCUAUUGUCUUCGGAGUCGUAGGAUUAUUGGUUUCAUUCCUUUUGGCUCUCCCCAGAACACUGAAAGGAAUGACAUGGCUUUCGGCUAUUUCGUUCACGAGUAUCAUGGCCGCAUUAUUCAUAACGAUGAUUGCAGUCGGCGUCCAGAACGAUCCAUUUCCAGUCAAGGCAACCGUGAAGACUGACCUAGUUAGCGGCUUCAUGUCCGCCGCUAACAUUGUCUUUACAUUUGCCACUCACAACACCUUCUUUACAAUGAUGUCUGAGCUCAAAGAACCGAGGGAGUUUCCGAAAUCCCUGGCUUUGUUGCAAUGCCUCGACUUGUCGAUCUAUCUUGUCGCUUCGGUGGUCAUUUACCGAUAUGCCGGCGACGGCGUGGCCUCCCCGGCCUUAGGAUCCGCGGGACCCUUAAUCGCAAGGAUCGCCUAUGGAAUUGCUCUACCAACAAUUAUCAUUGCGGGCGUCAUAAUCAGCCAUAUAGCCUGUAAAUCAAUCUACAUUCGCAUCUUCGCCGGGACCAACCGUAUCCAUACAAAGGACUUCGUUGCCGUCGGGUCGUGGAUCGGCAUUGUGCUCUCUCUUUGGAUCGUGGCCUGGAUCAUCGCCAUGUCCAUUCCUGUGUUCAACAGUCUUCUGAGUCUUAUUGUUUCCUUGUUUGCCAGCUGGUUUUCCUUCGCACUGCCGGGGAUCUUCUGGUUCUGGAUGAACAAGGGCCUUUGGUUCUCGUCGCCUCGGAAAAUUCUUCUGAGCUUCGUGAAUGCGCUCGCCAUUGUUGUGGGCCUUGUCCUGUGUGGUCUUGGCCUCUACAGCUCAGGGAAAACGAUACAUGAUGAUCCCAGCAGUGCGAGCUUCUCAUGUGCCGACAACUCUCUUUGAGCCUUUGUAUUUUGAUUUGCAUUUUCAUCCGUCCGUUUUACAUCACUGCGCUGAACCCAACAAGAAAUAGCCGUUCGGAUAAAGAACACGCUUCACUUCAUUGCAUAUAGCUAAGAAUGCCAUUGUACUCAAUCAAGCUGUUGAAUCCGACAAAGAGAAGAACACCACAAAGCCAUCCAUGUACAAUUAUUGAAUCCGAAAGAGAAAUACCCUGAACAA